GGGGCCGGCGGAGGGGGCUCCGCUGGUGGCUAGGCGGCUGCGGUGGCGGCGGAGCGAGGUGAGGUGAGGUGAGGCUGUGAGCAGGCGAUCAUGUGUGUGGAAGGAGCCACAGCCGUUCUUACCACUGGACUGCACCUGCUCGGGCCCUUGAACGCACUCCACCUGCCCGGCCUCCACACCCGCUGUUUAUGUGGCUUGUUUGAGGUUAGAGACAACAGCACAAAGGACUGCCCGUAUCCCUUCAUGUUAAAAAAGGACCGCGGGCUCAGCCUCUUCAGGGAGCGCCACCUCGACUUGGUGUUGGCGCACUCAUCACCUCAGCUUGGAACAGCCUGGAAAGCAGGUCUCAUUUGGUGGCCAGGAUGCCCAGGAUGCAGACAGGGCUUGGGCCCGCCCAGAGGGAGGCCCGUCUUGUGCCCACCUGCAUUGCACGUUAGAACUUUAACAUCUGUUUAGCAAACUAAUUGCAGGGUCCCAAGAACCGUGUCCUCCUCCAUGAAGCUGACGUGAAGGCGCCCAGGUGACAGGCCUGCGGCCCGUCUGCGGGCACGAUGACCAAGACCCGGCUCUUCCGCCUGUGGCUGGUCUUGGGUUCCGUGUUCAUGGUCCUCCUGAUCAUCGUAUACUGGGACAAUGUGGGCACGGCCCACUUCUACCUGCACACUGCCUUCCCCAGGCCGCACCCCACACCUGCGCAGGGUGCAGAGCAGGACUUCACGGCCGACGUGGACGUGUUUCUGCAGAAGCUGAUCAGCGGCGGCCCUAAGCGGAGUGCCCUGUCCGGGAAGAGGCUGGAGCCACCGUCGGGGCAGGCAUCAGGCAGGCCCAUGCUGAGCAAUGCGGAGGAGAACGUGCGGGGCUAUGACUGGUCGGUGCACGACGCCCAGCAGGGCCCGGACCCGGGCGGGCAGCAGGCUGCGCGGAGGAGCGUGCUCCGCGGGCUGUGCGCCAACACCAGCUUCGUGUUCCCGGCUAAGGAGCGCUCCUUCGACGACAUCCCCAACUACGAGCUGAACCACCUCAUUGUGGAUGACCGCCACGGCGUCAUCUACUGCUACGUGCCCAAGGUGGCCUGCACCAACUGGAAACGCGUGAUGAUUGUGCUGAGCGAGAGCCUCCUGGAGCGGGGCGCGCCCUACCGAGACCCGCUGCACAUCCCCCGCGAGCACGUGCACAACUCCAGCGCACACCUGACCUUCAACAAGUUCUGGCGCCGCUAUGGCAAGUUCUCCCGCCACCUCAUGAAGGUCAAGCUCAAGAAGUACACCAAGUUCCUGUUUGUGCGGGACCCCUUCGUGCGCCUCAUCUCAGCCUUCCGCAGCAAGUUCCAGCUGGAGAACGAAGAGUUCUACAGGAAGUUCGCCGUGCCCAUGCUCACCCUGUACGCCAACCGCACCGGCCUGCCCGCCUCCGUCAGCGAGGCCUUCAGCGCAGGCCUCAAGGUGUCCUUCGCCAACUUCAUUCAGUACCUGUUGGACCCACGCACCGAGAAGCUGGCGCCCUUCAACGAGCACUGGAGGCAGGUGCACCGGCUGUGCCACCCAUGCCAGAUCGACUACGACUUCGUGGGCAAGCUGGAGACGCUGGACCAGGACGCCGCCCAGCUGCUGCGGCUCCUCAAGGUGGACAAGCUGGUGCACUUCCCCCCGAGCUACCGGAACCGGACCGCCAGCAGCUGGGAGGAGGGCUGGUUUGCCUCCAUCCCGCUGGCCUGGAGGCGCCAGCUCUACAAACUCUACGAGGCCGACUUUGUCCUGUUCGGCUACCCCAAGCCCGAGAACCUGCUCCAGGACUGAGGCAGCGCCGGCGCUCGGGCCCAUGCUGCCUGCCGCCCUGCGGCCGUCUCCCCUCGGCGGGAGCGCAGGUUCCAGCCGGUGGGGUUUGCACGGCUCCAUGUCCCCGCGGGCCCAGCCCAGUCGAAUUUGCAGCGCCCCCACGGGCCAGGUGGCGGGAAACGGUCCCACACUCCGGUUUUUUCAAUAACCCACAAUUUUGCAGUCCAGACACACUGUGUCCUCCACUGCCUGCAUUCAUUGGGUAUUGUGUUAAUACUGUUUUCUAAGAUUAAUAUAUUUCGGAUAUUUAAUAUGAAAAGUGCAGAAGGAAAGGAUGGAGUAAAUGUCACACUGCUUCUCCC